CUCAUCUUCAGCUAAUGUGUAAUGAUGAUGAUGAUGACCGUCACAAAUAACUGGCUAUCGUGUAAGACACGUGUCCUGGUGUCAGAACCGUGUCGUUUUGCUGAGACUGCUCAGGCCCCUUAAGGACCGCUGGCUACAAAGACAUGCAUGCUUCUUGUUCUGAACUGGUGGCAAAGGGGCUGACACGAUACCUCACUCUGCCUUUUACAACCUAACGAAUUCAAUGAAAGUUGGAGUAGGAGUGAAAAGCAAAAUCGACGAUUAGAAUCGACUGUUAUGCGCACGGUUCUCCUAGACACUGUGUGUCUUUGAGCACAAGAAAGUCCAAAACAAAAGUGAAGGCGGUGUCCUGUUUUUAAAUGCACCGGUGCUCCAAUUUUGGCACAUGCUGAUUGUCCGUCGUUGCGCCAACGGAGGGAGAAAACAGCAUGUUGUGUCGUUUUGCUCAGAGGAUCAUCCCCCAUGGAUCAUCCACUUUGUCACGCCUUAUGUGCACAGCUAAUGACGAAUCCGAAACAGCUAUAUUUGCCGAUAAGCUGAAAGACUUCUUCAAGCGUGCUGAUGAUAGUAUCUCUGAACAAAAGGUAUCACAAGAUGAAAGGUCAACAAUGGAAUCCACACCAGAACCCGAAUUGUCAGCCGCCAUGAACGAAAAACCUGGAGAGAUAUGUCAAAAGAAGACCAGUGGUGAUCUUCCGCGCUCCACUGCUGUGGCGUUUGUGCCGUGGACAUUGAAUCGAAUGCUUCAAGAGCCGAAUAUUCGGAAGCUCCGUGCGCGACGCGACCCGACUUCGGACCAAUCUUUUUCUAAGUUACUUCGAUACAGCCCAUUCGUUCAACUGGGCGACUUCCAACACCGUGAGGUUAUUGGUGUUGUCAUUGAAAAUGUGAAUGAUACGGAUUUGUACAUUGACUUUGGCGGCAAGUUUCACUGCGUGUGUCAACAGCCCGCGAACCAGUUCUAUCCCCGUGGCAGUCUCGACCCGAACGACCCUUCUUCGUGUGUCAACCACACUUUUCAUGCCGCGCUGGAUACCGAUCGGCGUUUCGAAGAAUACGUACUGAAAUCCACCGAGGUCAUUCCAGACGGUGUGAAGGAACAUGUUCGGGGGUAUGAUUUCAAUUGCGGGGAUUUCAAGCUACGCAUCUUUGGCGCGCCAUUGACACGGUCAAUGCGAUGCUGGACAAACGUAUGGAAAAGCCGAGUUCUGUAG